CGGGGCCGUCGGGGCCGUCGGGGCCGUCGGGUGUGGAUUGGCCGGGCGGGGCGGAGCCGCCGCAGACGCGGGAGCCGUCCCUUGGGGCAGCCUUUCCGCAGUGUCCAGGCUGGGUCGAGGGGCACUGCCCGUGUGAGCUGUCGAUGGUGUGAAGCCCCUGGAGCUGGGAGAUGGCCACAGCCUUGGAACCGGAGGAGCAGGAGCUGUGGGAGGAAGAGGGGAUUCUGAUGGUGAAACUGGAAGAUGACUUGGCUUGCAGGCCUGCGUCGCGGCGGGAGGAGCCUGUGCUGGAGACCUCCCACCAGAACUUCCGCUGCUUUCGCUACCAGGAAGCCGCCAGCCCCCGGGAAGCGCUCACCAGACUCAGGGAACUUUGUCGCCAGUGGCUGAGGCCCGAAAGGCGGACGAAAGAGCAGAUCCUGGAGCUGCUUGUGCUGGAGCAGUUCCUCACGGUGCUGCCCGGAGACCUGCAGAGCUGGGUGCGGGGCCAGCGGCCAGAAAGCGGAGAGGAGGCAGUCACCCUCGUGGAGGGUUUGCAGAAACAACCCAGGAGCCCAAGGCGGUGGGUGACUGUCCAUGUUCAGGGCCAGGAGGUCCUGUCGGAAGAGACGGUGCACCCAGCACAGAGCGCCAUCCAGAGUCCAGACCAGGGGGCAGCCGAGCAGCGGAGCCCUUGCCGUGAAGAGGGGCUGCCGCCCCCACAAGAGAGCGAGGUGCCAGCGCCCCAGGAGCCGGGCCCUCCCGUGGAGAGGGGCCUGGGAGACCCCAGCAUGGCCGCCCUUCUCGCCGCGCUCUCUCAGGGGCUGGCCACCUUCAAGGAUGUGGCCGUGUACCUCUCCCAGGAGCAGUGGGGAGACCUGGAGCCCACACAGGAGUUCUACGGCGAGUACGUGCUGGAAGAGGACUGCGGCAUCGUGGUCUCGCUGUCGUUUCCCAUCCCCAGACUCCAGGACACCACACUGGGAGAGGGGGAGCCGCAGGUCCCAGAUGACCAGGAGCUGGAGGAGCCGGAGAUUCUGAGCUUCACCUACACAGGAGACAGAAGCGGAGAUGAGCACGAGUGUGCAGCACAAGAGGGCGGGAGCGCGGAGGACACGCGCGGGCCCGCCCGGGGAGACCAGGCGGCCGCCCGGACUCCAGACUGCCAAGUGGUAGUUGGGGACAGCAGGGAUAGACUUCACAAAUGGAGACUCGGGGGGAGAAAUUCUCAAGUAAGUGGGGUCACGAGUCUUGAAGACACGCCCGCGCCCCCCGUGUCGGAGCAGGGCCGUGGCUGCCCCGUGUGCGGGAAGAGCUUCAGGUGCAACUCCCACGUCAUCAGACACCUGAGAACUCACACGGGCGAGAGGCCCUACAAGUGUGUGGAGUGCGGGAAGAGCUACACGCGGAGCGCACACCUGGCCCGACACCAGAAGGUGCACAGACGCGCGCACAAGCGCCCGCCGCCGCCGCGGAGGCGUGGGGAGGAGGCCGCGGGCCGCAAGGAGAAGCCCUACGCGUGCGGGGACUGCGGGAAGUGCUUCCGCUGGGCCUCGGACCUGGCCCGGCACCGGCGGACGCACACCGGGGAGAGGCCCUUCCACUGCAACACCUGCGGCAAGAGCUUCGGCCAGAAGUCCGUGCUGGUGUGCCACCAGGCCACCCACCGGGACAAGCCCUACGUCUGCUGCGAGUGCCGGGAGGAGUUCGGGGACCACCGGAGCUUCCUGGCCCACAGAGAGGUGCACGCGGUGGUCAGGGAGCUCAGCCUCAGCCAGCACAGCGACGCCGAGGAGCGGCGCUUCCCCUGCCCGGCCUGCGGGAAGGGCUUCAGCAGGAAGUACCACCUCAACCGCCACCGGAGGACCCACGAGGAGAAGACCUAGCCCCCACCCCUCUGCAAAUGGACUCCACCUGCUGCGAUUCUGCACCCCUCCCACCAGCACCCCUCACCCCCCACCCCCGCCAAGCACACCCUGAACACAGGUGACAGGUGACGGUUCCCAGGGUCGGGUCAGAUGGUCAGGCGGUGAUAGCCACAGCGAUAGUGAUAGCGGUGUGUGGCCACGCCGAGCGGGGCGGCGGCGGAGCCUUAGUGCCACCCACAGCGGCCAACGGCGGGGCCUGGCUGGCUGGCUGGGGCAUGGCUGGCUGGCUGGCUGGGGCAUGGCUGGCUGGCU